GAAAUUUUGACGAGCAAUCUCCACCUAUAAAAGACGAAUCACGUCCGAAUUGAACCACAUUCGCAGAGAAUUUAGAACGCUUCAAUUUGUACGCACGUUAGACAAUAGCGAUAUGGCUUUCAAGUUCGUGGUCUUCGCCUGCGCCCUAGCCCUUGUUAACGGGUCGUACAUCAACUCUAUGGGUCACCAUUACGGUUCGUCAUCGGGUCAAUACGGGUCGCAGGAUCCAGUGCGUUACUCUUCAAACUCCGCUUCCGGUUCCCAGGGAGUCUCGACUCCUCCGGACAGCAUCAUCAGACCGCACGGCGGUUCCUUGCUCCAACAACAACAGCAAAAGCAACAGCCGCAACAACAGCAGCAACAUCAACAGCAUCAUCAACAACAACAACAACAACAACAACAACAACAACAACAACAGGGUCAAUUGACCUCGUCCCAACAGAACAAGGGUGUAAUAAGCGCGAUAAGUUCGAAUCAGUUCUCCGCCAACCAAGGAAAGUCGGAAGUCGGUCAAUUCACGAGUCCAGCAACGUUCGUCAGCAACGGGUACAACGGCGCUACCGGUAUCAACGAGCAGCAACAACAUCAGCAACAGCAGCAACAUCAGCAACAAAUUGCCUUCGGAUCGACUCUGACACCUCAGAACAACUACAACCAUCAGGUGAACGGUUACGAAAAUUCGGCGUCUCCCUCUCCCUACGAUCAGUCGACUCCGGUUUACGGGCAUGCGGCUGCAGUGGCUGCAGUCAAUCAAGCCAUUUACGGUCAAUCCGGCGAUCAACAGAUCUACGGACAAUCUUCCGGACCCUCUUCGCUAUAUCCCCAACCGUCCGCUCAGACGAUUUUUGGACACUCGACCAACUCGGCACAACUGAAUGGACACAAUUCUGGAACACCGCAGCAUCAGUUCGGUUCGUACCACCGCGAAACCCAAGGAUACCUGAAUCACGGCGGUAACUCGGGGUAUUCUCAACCCUCGGGAUCUCCCGCAGGAAACCAGGGACUCAUCGGAGUAUCCUACUUACCCGCUGUCGCCGUUUCUCACAUGAGUUAUUCCAGCCCGGUGGGUGUUUCGUACGCGUGGUAAAAAGAAAAAAUAAAAAAAACAAAAUGAAAAACAAAAAAAAGAAGAAGAUGAUAAAUGAAUAAAUUACAGAGACUCGGUUGGUAAGGAUCAAGAGA